CUGGCGAGGGAGUUUCCGCUUCCAGCCUAUCUGCAGUACUUUUUCACGUUUAAACAAGGCUGAAAGUCAGCCUAGUUUAAACAUUAAACUCGUGUAAUCGGAGUUUAAUGUUUAUGAGAAAUACCAACAGACUCAGACAUUUAGAUCAAGUUUAAUGUCGGAGCAGAAGAACCAGAAUACACGAAAUGGUGGCUGGGACUGCGUCGCUCUUCUUGUUGUUUUCUGUCUUCAUGAGUGCUUCAGGAGACAAAAUCAUCACAGCUGAGCCUGGACAGGACGUCACUCUGACAUGUCGAGCUCCAAACAACAACAUCAUAGCUGUAAAGUGGAACAGAACUUUCCUGGGAGAUGAAUGUGUGCUUUUGUACUGGGAUGGUCACUUUGUUCCAGACAACCAGCAUCCAUUUUUUAAGAACCGGGUGGAUCUGCAGGACAGACAGAUGAAGGAUGGAGACAUGUCUUUGAUUCUGAAGGAUGUGACGAUAUUUGACAGUGGAACAUACGAGUGUGGUGUCCAGAUGAAAGAAACUCACUCAUGGGAGCGCAGCUUCAUCUACCUGAGUGUUCUUUCUCCAUAUCAGAAAAACCUCACAGCUGAGUCUGGACAGGACCUCACUCUGACAUGUCGAGCUGUAAAAAACAUCAUCAUCACAGGUGUAAAGUGGGGCAGAGAUGACCUGGGAGAUGAAUAUGUGCUUUUGUACCAGGAUGAGCAGUUUGAUCCAGAUGACCAGCAUCCAUCUUUUAAGAACCGGGUGGAUCUGCAGGACAGACAGAUGAAGGAUGGAGACGUGUCUUUGAUUCUGAAGGAUGUGAUGAUUAAUGACACUGGAACAUACGAGUGUUGUGUGUUCAUGGCAGGAACAAACUCAUGGAAGCUCAUCAACAUCACCUACUUGAUUGUUGUUCCUCCUCCAGGUCCAUCAGGAGGAAUUAUUGGACUGAUAGUUGUUAUUCUUGUUCUCCUUCUUGUCGGUGUUGGUUUUUUGAUCUACAGAAAUCAUAAAGUGUCCCGAUAUUCAAACAAGGUUCCUACUGAGAAUAAUGAGGCUCUUCAAGCUGGGUUAGAAAUGACAUAUAAGUAAUAGACAACAGUAGUAAUCGAUCAUAAGUGUCCUCCAGUGCAACAGAUCUCAAACUAAAGAGUGAAUUCAAGAGUUAAGGGUUUGUAAAGAUGAUUCGUCACCACGUGUAGCUAAAAUGGCGGACUCGAAGUCCGGUGUGUUCAUAGUAAUGAAUCUGAGAACUGUUUCAUGUCUUUGUGAGUUUAAAGGCUGUAAGCUAACUACUGAGAGAUGCACAUAACGUCAGUAAAAUCAUGAGCUUAUGAACAAACCUUUGUUAAACAGAGUAAAUGUGUCAUGUCAUGAGAUGCUUGUGUAAAUGGAAAUGCUGACUAAAUGUAGAAUCAGGCUGAGCUACAGAGCACACAUGUGAUCCUACAGCUGUGCUGAUCCAGUUAUCAGGCUGUGAUGAAAGUCUGUAAUGUCUGUACAGGUAUGUUUGGGUCAGAGCUGCACAAUAAAGUCUCUGCAUAAUCAGGGA